AUGGCCUCAGAUCAGAUGGAGGUUGCCGCCCUCGGUCGAACCUUUGCUUUGGGGAUGCUGUACAAUGCAAGGAGUGAUAAACUGAACACAGAUUUCACACUGUGGGACAAAGAAACGAUAAAAAAAACCAGCAGUAGGCAGAGUCAGACCAGCAGUGCAUAUGAAAUUACUGCAUCAGAUUCCAUCACAUCCAAGGCUUCUCUGCUGGAUGUCAGUGCUUCUCUCAAAGCCAGUUUUCUGGGUGGAUUGGUUGAAGUUGGAGGAUCUGCCAGCUAUCUGAAUGACAACAAGAAAUUCAAGAACCAGAGCAGAGUGACGCUUCAGUUCAAAGCUACAACUGCAUUUGAACGACUGACAAUGACCCAUCUUGAAGCAAAGAACAUGCAAAUGCAAGACGUCAUUAAGAAAAGCCAAGCAACACAUGUAGUCACGGGCAUCCUUUACGGGGCGAAUGCUUUCUUUGUGUUUGACAGUGAGAAGCUGAACAACAGCAGCGUUCAGAACAUCGAGGCUGGUAUGUAUGCUGCGAUAAAGAAGAUUCCAACAUUUGAUUUUGAGGCAAAAGUUGAUGUCAAGCUGAGUAAAGAAGAAAAAGAUGUGACUGAGAAAUUCUCCUGCAAAUUCUACGGAGACUUCAUUCUUGACAGCAACCCUGCAACAUUUGAAGACGCGGUGAAGACCUACUCACAGCUUCCAAAGCUCAUUAGAGAAAAUGUGGAGCAGGUAGUUCCUGUCAAAGUGUGGCUGACACCACUGAAGAAUCUGGACCCAACUGCUGAUGAUCUGAAGGGAGAGAUUUGUGUUGGGUUACUGAGGAAAGCUGAGAAGGCUCUAGAAAAUAUAAAAGAAAUGGGAUUGAGAUGCAAUGAUUCUCUGGAUGAAAAAGUCGUUCAGAGUUUUCCGCAGAUUAGAGAAAAUUUGCGCCGUUUCAAACAUCUCUGUGAAGAUAAUGCAAAAAUGCUCCAACAGGCCCUGGAGGAGAAAGUUCCUGCCAUCCGUGAGGGUAAAGAAGACGAGAGUUCACUGGAAAAACUCUUUGACGAUCAGGAGAAGUCACCAUUCAGUAUGGAGAACUUAGACAAAUGGUUAGAUAAUACAGAGAGAGAAAUCAAUGUCAUCAGACCCUGUGUGGAAACAAUGGAGGGAAUAAAGAUCGCCAAAGAUGAGGCAGAAUUUGACAGAGAGGUUCUUGCUCGAGGUGUAGAGGAUACUCUGUGCUUUGUUUUCACCUCCUUGGAAACUGACGACCCCUACCUGGACCAGAUGGAGAACUACCUCCAUUGUCAUAAACCACAAGAUAUCAGUUUCAGUCCACCAACAAGAGACCACUGGUUCUUCUCAGAUGAAGUGUUUGCUGAAAUGAGAGAGAAAGCAGAAGAUUUCUGCACAAUUGCCAAAGGUCUGAAGCACAGCAGACAAUUUAGUUUCAUUGUAGCGUCACAAAGAAAUGAGAAAUACAAAGGAGCAACCAUCUACCACUACAGGAAGGGCCGUCAAAUUACUGACAACUUUUCAAAGCCUGCUGUUCCAGGUGUGGAAGGCGUUACAGACAGAAGAGAUCUCACCUGGUACACCUGUGAUCUCACCCUGGACCCAAACACUGCAAACAACUACCUGAUUCUGUCUGAGGAGAACAAGAAGGCAACACAUGGAGGCUUGCAGAAUUAUCCUGACCUCCCUGAGAGGUUUGACCAAAGGCCUCAGGUUCUGUGCAGGGAGGGGCUGAAAAAGCGCCAUUACUGGGAAGUAGAGUUGAGUGAGGGCAAUAAUAAUGACGUUGGUGUAGGUGUUACAAACCAAAGUAUUGCGAGGAAGGGGGGAAAUACAGACUCGGGGCUCGGUUCUAAUCUCAAAUCCUGGUAUUUUGGUGUGACGGGUAGGUUCACUGCUUGGCAUAAUGGUGAAGUAUGGACCAGACCUCUUCCCAGUACCAGCUGCAGCAGAGUUGGAGUGUUUCUUGAUUGGCCUGCUGGUACUCUGUCUUUCUACAACGUCUCCCAGAACACACUGAGUCACCUUUACACCUUCCGCACCACAUUCAGAGAGCCUGUUUACCCAGGCUUCUACAUCUAUCACAAAUCCAACUAUGCUGCCCUGAAUCCAGUUUAUUAA